AAAAGGUAAAGCGGAGCGGGUGGGGGACUGGCAUCCUCUUCGCUCAUUGGUCUCCCAGUAAUUUGGUCUUUGGCCUUUAAAGCACAACGGAGUCGUCGUCUUCGUGGCUCUGCGAUUCUCUCAGUGGCUUCGACCUGAAAAUCUUAAACCAGAGCGCCCAACUCUACCAGAUCCAACUUUCCUCUACCGCUUCAACUUGAGCGGAGGGCUGCUUUACCUGGGCUGGAUGGACCAGUAUGAGAAGGUUGAGAAGAUUGGGGAAGGAACCUAUGGUGUGGUAUAUAAGGCUCGUAACCGUAAGACGAAUCAGACUCUAGCUUUAAAGAAGAUUCGCUUGGAGCAGGAAGACGAGGGAGUACCAAGCACGGCAAUACGGGAAAUCUCCCUCUUGAAAGAAAUGCAGCAUGGGAACAUUGUCAAGUUACAGGACGUAGUGCACAGCGAGAAGCGCUUGUAUCUGGUUUUUGAGUACCUUGACUUGGAUUUGAAGAAGCACAUGGAUUCAUCUCCAGAAUUUGCAAAUGAUCUACGCCAAAUAAAAAUGUUUCUUCAUCAAAUUCUCCGUGGCAUUGCUUACUGUCAUUCCCAUAGAGUUCUUCAUCGAGAUCUGAAACCCCAGAAUUUGCUAAUAGAUCGCCGCAGCAAUUCGCUAAAGCUUGCAGACUUUGGGCUGGCCAGAGCAUUUGGUAUUCCUGUCAGGACAUUUACACAUGAGGUGGUGACUCUCUGGUAUAGAGCUCCAGAAAUAUUGCUUGGAUCCCGCCAUUACUCUACCCCUGUUGAUGUGUGGUCAGUCGGUUGUAUAUUUGCUGAGAUGGUUAAUCAACGGGCAUUAUUUCCUGGGGACUCUGAGAUUGAUGAGCUGUUCAAGAUUUUCAGAGUCUUGGGUACUCCAAAAGAUGAUACAUGGCCUGGAGUGACUUCUUUGCCUGAUUAUAAAUCUGCUUUUCCCAAAUGGCCUCCUAAGGAUCUGGCUACUGUGGUUCCAAGUCUUGAUUCAACUGGAGUUGAUCUUCUUUCUAAAAUGCUCUGCUUGGAUCCCAGCAGAAGAAUUACGGCCAGGAGCGCUCUCGAGCAUGAAUACUUCAGAGAUCUCUGAAUUAUACCCCCGUGAUGAAUCUCUGUAACUAUCCUCAGUGGCAGAGAAGUGUCUAUAGUAAUGUGUAGCAAAUGCGUAGCUUUUGAUUGUGUGAGAAAGGUGUGCUGCUUUUGAUGCAAUUUAUCUGUUUUUUUUUUUUUUUUCCUUUUUCAAUUUCUUCGGAUUGAGUUUAGAUUACUCUGAUUUGGUUUUUGACACGGAUAUUGGAAUCAACUAUACUAUGCUCAUUUUU